AUGAAUUUCAGUGAGGAACCCCCUGCUCUUCCGAAGAAAAUAAGAUCGUGUUGUCUUUAUAAAUAUCCUGAUUGGGUACAAGGAAUGGUUGGAGGGGAAGGCGGUGGCGGUGGUCAUGGACACUCUCAUGGUGGGGGAGGACUUGGAUCUUCUCAGGGAGCAUACCAUCCAUCUCAAGCCGGUUCCGGCCCGAGCACCACAACCACCAGUGGCCGUCCGCUGCUCCGCAGCAUGCGAGAAGCGCAGCUUCACUCCGCAGUGCCGCCGAUCUCAGCUCCAAGUCAGUCCCAAACAUCAGCGAGUCAGCUGGACCCAGGUUCGCGCUAUGGUCAACAAUCUCGUCGAAGCAGCAAAGCUCCAGGAACCGGAGCUAAUUCAUUGCUCAAACAGGCGAUUGCCAACAGAAUGAUGCCACAUGUAGCACCAUUGGAUGGAGGUGAAACGUCGACAAAUCCAAAUUUCGCCUCGUCUUCUGCAACUUCCCCUACCACAGAACCAGCUAGGAUCCAUAGAACUGAUUCUAGUGAAAUGUCAAAGAGUGUGCUUUUGAACCCCGCUUGGUAUCGUGAUGAUCAGGGAAGAACCGGAUACAAAACGUCUGACUGGGAGAAAAUGUCGAAUCAGCAGAAAAAUGUAGUGAAAGAGAAUAGGAAGAAGCGGAAAGAAUCUACAAGUGAAACUGGUGUCAUCAAAGAACUGGAUCCAGAUCUGUUGAGUCAGUCAAGCAGUGAGAAGGCUGAUAGUGGAAGUGACAAUAAGUCAAUGAGCUCUGUUCAAUCUGAUCAGAAGGAUCUCAAGGAUGCAAAAGACUCCAAGUUGGACAAAAAGCAGGCGAAAGCUUUGGAGAAAGAAAAGAAAAAACUGGAAAAGGAACAGAAGAAGUUAGAAAAGGCCCAGAAGAAGAAAGAAGCGGAGGAAGAGAAGAAGCUGAAAAAGAAGAAGGGAAGUUCCACAAAUAUAUCAGAAGUUGGAGAACAUGAGUCAGUUGAGAUGAAGACUGUGGAGAAGAAAAAGGAAAAAGCAGAGGCAACAAUAACUCUCACUAUGGUUUCUAAGGAUAAAAAAACAAAGUCUCAGGAGAAGUCAAAACAGGAGAAACAUCAUGAAACUACUGAAAGUGAUAGUUCCAAGGAGACAAUUAGGAAAGAUUCGACUGAGAAAAUUUCAAAAGAGAAAGUAAAAAAGCAAUCCUCAAAAGAAGACACCACUGAUAAGGACUCAAGGAAUGAAGGCCGUCCUCCAUCAGGUACCACUCAUUCCUCCGUCCGGAAACUGAAAGCAGAGUCUUUUUCCAAAAAAACAGGACAUGGUGAGCCAAGGAAGAAGAAUAUUGGCGAUCGAAGAGACUCCAGUAUGUCUGAACUUUCUCGAGGAUCUUUCAAAUCUGUGACAUUCAACGACCGAGUUCAAACUCAUGAAAUUGAAAGGAAUAGCAGUGUUUACACUUCCAGUGAGGACGAUGCUGCAAUAAUGAGUGAUGAUGAGAUGUCAAAACCAAGUCAAGCAAAGAUGAAGAAAAAAUUGACAAUGCUGCAGCAACAGGAUCCACAAAUGUAUAAUCAAAUGGGUCAGAAUCGUCAACAAGAAGAACACACUGACAUUUAUGAUGAUGAGGAUUUGGAAGACUUUGAAGAACAGGAGCGACUUGCUCUUCUCGCUGCUCAAGGAUAUGAUUUCAGAAGAGAAAUGCAGUAUGAUCAAAAUGAAGGUGUUCCCUAUGAAGAUGAUGAGUCGGAAGAAGAAGAGAAUGAAGAGGAAGAUGCAGAAGACACACUUUCUCAGAACAGUUAUUAUGCAGAAGAUGUGGAAGGUGCUGAUAUCUACUUGAGAAAUGAACACAGUUUCUUGGGAACGGAUGUAAACCCGAGAGUGCAGAUACAGAACGUAGGUGGCUACGAAAUGUUUGACAGAACUAUGUUAGGUUCAAUGAGUAAGCUGCAUGGAGAAGAUUCUGCAUCUAACAGUUUGCUGUUUGGUUACAACCUUCCUCGAUCUGCUAGUGGCUACUUCGAACCUCCACCGGAAGCUGGUCCAAUGAACUUCUCUUAUGAGGAAGCAAUGCUCAAUAGACAAGUUCAAGCUUUGCAGCAGCAGCAACUUCUUCAGCAACUUCAGAAGCUUCCCUUACAAUCUCCUCAACUACAACGGGAACUUCAACAUGAAGUUCCUGGAGUUCAUAAGCUGAGCCCUUCGGGAGGCUCAUUACGCCAAACAGCCACGCAGCGGAGUAUAUAUGAGAAUGUAACACCAGGAGAUUUACUUUCUCAACCGCAAUCAUUAAUCAUCCCCCAAUCUCCAUCGCAAAGAAAUCUGCAGGCACGCCACGAGUUUUUCACUCAGACUCCAUCAAAUGUGGUUUCCAAAACAAUAAUGGCUGCUUCAAGUGACGGACAAAGUGUUCAAAGUCUUGGAAGUACGGAUUCAAAUGCCACUGUCAGGGCGGAAGAUGAAAUGCGUAAAAAGUUUGUGGCGAGAUUUGGCGUAAGAAAAGCUCCAAUUGCCAGAGAAGAAGAUCCCGCAGAUCCACAACAUAUGAAUGUAAUGGGAAGCCAAGAAAGCAUGAAUUCAACUGAUUCUCGGGAAUCUGUGGUUUCUGCCGCAUCUAUCAAAGCGGAAGCAUUGGCACGCCGCAAUUUCAACUACUAG